GACAAAUACUUAAUGUCAUUUGUCAGUUUGGGCAAAAUUUUUAACCUGAAUGCAAGAAUACAACAAAAAUAAUGUAUCUCAAAGAAACAAGUGAGUGAAGUGCGCAAUAUCAAAUGCUCAGCUAAAUUAGUAAAUAACGAAGCCCAAACUCAUAUUAUAAACGUACAAAAUGUUUUGUAGGUUAAGAACGAGCUAUGGAUAUCCGGGCGGUCUUAUACACAGAUGUUUAAGUUCUGCAGAAGUAUCCACAGCUUUGAGGCCAUUUUAUUUUCGAGUCCAUCCUGAUUUAUUUGGAAAAUAUCCUGAACAAAGAAAAAUUAAUGAAAUUUCUUUGCAACAACUCAGUGCAUUAUUAGAGGCUCAACAAUCUAGUCGAAAUACAUGUGUGUCAACACUUCCAUUUUAUUUAAGAAAAAAAGAUAUGUCCGAAGGUCAAUUUGAAUUAGUAAACAUAAAGUUGGAUAGCAAUAAUGUAAGAGAAACUGUAGUCAAAGUUUUAAACGCCUGUGAUAUUUCUACAAGUUACAUAGAUAAAAUACCUAGGACACAAGACAGGAAACAACAGUUUAGUGAAGAUUUUAAUAAAGCAUAUGAAAAGUACAAAGAUGAAUUUGAUAAAGCAACACAGAUGAAAAGGAAGGUGGAAGAAAAAAGAGCAGUAUCAAAUAUUAUUGAAUGGGUUUUAGACAACAGCAAGAUAGCCAGAGAAAAAUAUGAUUCAACUCAAGCAACUAGAAACCAAGUGGAAUCCCUUAUUGCAGAACUUCGCAAGUCAUAUGGUAUAAAAGAAGUUAAAUAUGACAGUGGUUGGAAUAUAAGUCACAUAAGGGGAGCGUUACAAAGUCUUACAUCUAUGGCAUCUCAACACCCACAACAUAUGAUAAAUUUAAAAGAUAGAACCAUUGCUCUAGGACAAUUUACAGGCGUGAGCUUAGAUGGAGAUGUUUUUCUGAAUAUAAUAGAUGUGAGACAUGAGUGGCUGUCGCUUAUUAAAAAAGUCAGUCAAGAAGACAGUGCCCUUACUGAAAUACCCAAUUAUGAGAAAGCACUUUCGAGUAUCCUUAGGAAUAUACAUAUCUGUAGAAGAAAAUUUAUGCCCAAAGUAUCAGCAGCACAAUACUGCAGUCACCUCCGACAGUUGAUAACAUCAAUAGGCGAUUUUUAUGGACGCGGGAGGAAAAUUCCAGAUUCUGUGCCUGAAUCGCUUAGCAAAUACGAAAUUGUUGUCGAACCUGAAGCUGGUCCUUUGAUGGUUUCGCCAACUGGUCAGUUCAUCACACCAUCGUCUUGUCCAGCGGAUGAACUAAUCGCUUUUAUUACGAAUCAUUUAGACGAAGCCACGCUACUUUUAACUGAAUAUAGCAUAAAUAAACAUAUUGAAAAAGCUCUACACAAAGAGGUAAAGGAAAGAUUUCAACUAUUGGACCUAAUUAAGGACGACAGCAUUACACCCGGAUUGAUGAUCCUGUGCUGUCAAAGAUUGUUGACUCGAAUCGAUAAAAUCGAUGAGAAUUUACGAGGAAAUAUAUUACACGUAACUCAUUACUAUUCCGUGCUGUCUGACGGCGUAUUAUGUAUUCCAUGGAAUUUUAAAUAGAUUAUAAUAUAGAUGGCUUUAAUUUGUAUAGUGUAUAAAAUAAUGUGAAAGCUUUUCUUGAUUAAAAUUUUAUUAACAAUACAAAGUGUACAUAAAUUGAACAAUGUUAAUAAAAUGUAAUCUGAAUAGCAAAAUCGAAUUAUAUAGCGAAUAAACGUGUAUGCUAAAAGUUAAAA